AUGCCUUCUGAGCGGAGCGUUCUCGAGACUGGAGAGGUCAUUGGGGAAGGCGAUUCCUUCCUCGUCGACGACUUUCUUCCGUCUGAAUUGUCAGAACAUGCUUUCGGCCGUGUGCGAGACGAAGUGCAAUGGCAUCGAAUGGUCCACAGAGGCGGCGAGGUCCCGCGACUUGUCGCAGUGCAAGGUUCGGUGAGCGAAGAUGGCAGUUGUCCGAUCUACCGCCACCCAGCAGACGAGUCUCCGCCCCUCCUCCCCUUCUCACCCACAGUCGAGCUCAUCCGACAGCACGUCGAACAGACCCUCCGCCACCCCGUGAACCACGUCCUGAUCCAGCACUACCGCACAGGCGCAGACUAUAUCUCCGAGCACUCCGACAAGACGUCGACAUCGUCCGCGGUCCAAGAUCGUCAACCGCAUCCCGCUCCCCACAACUCGAUGUUCGUCUUGGGCCUCGAGACGAACAUGCGCUGGCUGCACGGGAUCCGCACCGACAAGCGGCCGGAGAAGACCAAGUCGGCGGAGGAGCGUUUCGCGAACGGGGAGCGCAUCAGCCUGACGUUCCGCCACAUCGGCACCUUCCUGUCACCCGGGGAGACGCACAUAUACGGACAGGGCGCACGCGGAAGACGCGCGCAGGCGCUAAUCGACGCCUUUGGGAAAGAGAACCACUCGAGUGAGUUUGAUUGGGACGCGGCUUACGGGGCGGGAUCGGACGUGUUCCACUUCAGUGAACGUACAGAUGCUUUGUGA